AUGGCAGAAGCAAAUACGUCCGAAGCACACUCCACAAUGAGCGAUCUAUACAAUCCUUUGGCGAUCGACUUGCAAACGACCAUUCAACAGUUUCAAGCUACUUGUGUUUCCCGGGAUUCGCCUUUGCCAGCUGCGAUCGACCUCUCGCUCCUCCAACAAUAUCUUAAUCAACCCGAUUCUGUACAGCAAUCAAAAGUACUCGAUCAGCUAUCGCAAUGUCUUUGUUAUCCACCUUGGACACGCCCAAUGGUGUCUCUCUUUCGUCCCAUCAUUAUCGACCUUGUUGCUCGCUGGACAAUGCCUGGUUUCACUACAUCCUUGGAGACAACCAGCACUGUACAUAAGAUAGAAUUGGUGGCUAAAGCAUUCAGUGUUUUGCUACCGGUCGUUCCCCAAGUGAAAAGCUUGGCUGUAUCAUAUUUCACCAAUUCACCAUCAUUAUUUGAACGACUCAAUCAUUUACCGCAUGAUAUCACUAAUAUUCCAUAUGAUAUGGCUACCGAUUUGCAAGACCUCUUGUUAACAACAUAUCGACUACUUUCAUUUUCAUCAUCAACAUUUGUACCAUUGUGGAACUGGGGAUCGUUAGUGCAACUACUCAAGGCAUCGAAUGCAACCCUUCGCUAUUUGACGAUCCUAUGUUUGAGCAAAGCCUAUCAAUUGAGCGAUUUGCAGACAUCGAAUCUUUGCAAAGCUGUAUCCCGAACACCUGACAGCAUGGAUGAGGAUAAUACCGAGGAGGAACCCUUAAUGGCAGUGGUGGAUGGUCAAAAUAUUGACCUCAGGAUGUUACAGUUAUGGGAACAACAAAAGCUUGCAGAUGCCCAAAUUGCUCUUGUUCAGAAUACGUACAAUGACACCAAGCAUACGAUUGAUGACAGCGCCCUGUGUCCACUCACCUCCAAUUUGUGUGGCGUAUUACUACCCAAGACCAUGACUGCUGCUGCUGAAGACAACGUGUCUGAUGGCCCUUGUUAUCAUCCAGAGCUCGUGCUUACGGAGACAACGAUUCGCAAUUUGCAUACCCUGAGUUUGGCAUUAUCCAUUGGUGCACCUACAUUGUUGGAAGGCGUUACGGGUGCAGGCAAGACAGCUAUAGUUGAGGAAUUGGCAAGUCGAACAGGCCGUGGUGACCAAUUAAUCAAGAUUCAUUUGGGUGAUCAAACGGAUCCAAAAGUGCUUCUUGGUACCUAUGUAUCGACAUCGACUCCAGGAUCUUUUCGUUGGCAACCUGGUGUCUUGACAACGGCGGUGCAAGAAGGUCGUUGGGUAUUGAUUGAGGAUAUUGAUUUGGCACCAGCUGAAGUGAUCUCGGUACUUCUUCCAUUGCUCGAGACGCGACAGCUUUUUAUACCCUCUCGUGGAGAAAAAAUCCAAGCCAAGGAAGGUUUUCAACUCUUUGGUACACGCUCUUAUGUACCAUCACGAUCAGGCAAGGCAUUCAGCGCACGUGGUGGAGACAUGGUGACUGGAGCCAAUUUGUGGACACGUGUCAAUGUGGAUCCUUUAUCUAUGGAGGAAUUGGAAACGGUGGUGCGAACCAAGUUUUCUUACAUUGGCAACUUUGCUGUACACGUGAUGCGAUUGUUCAAGGCUGUCAUCAGUAUUUAUCAAGAUCCCAACUUUUCCUCCCUUUCAUCAUCCACAAUGGGUCGUUUUAUCUCAACACGUGAUUUGAUGAAAUGGUGUCAUCGUAUCAAUGCAUUACUUGGAGAGAAGCUUGGAGGCGAUGCUGCGAUCGAGGCAUCAUUGGAUAUCACCAUUCGCCAAGACUUAUUCAGUGAAGCCAUUGAUUGCUUUUGUGGUAUGGUCCCUGAUUAUGCAACAUGGGUCGUGAUUCUCGAACGUGUGGGUGAGCCUCUUCAAAUUUCUCCUGAAAUGGUUCGCAACUAUGUCGAUCAAUACAAGCCCACCUUACGCCAAUCUGAAAAUGCUAUUGCCAUCGGCCGUGUGAACCUAUCAUCAAUUGCCUACAGUGGUCUCCAGAAGCAGAAAAAGGCAUUGCUCAAACGUGGCCAUCGUCGACCUUUUGCUACCACAGGCCAUGCUUUACGUUUAUUGGAAAAGAUCUCUGUAUGUGUCCAUCUUAAUGAGCCUACGCUUUUGGUGGGUGAGACUGGUACCGGUAAAACGACCGUUGUUCAACAACUUGCCGACAUGUUGCAUCAAAAUCUCGUGGUGGUCAACUUGUCACAGCAAUCGGAUAGCUCUGAUUUAUUGGGUGGUUUCAAGCCUGUUGAAGGACGAAUUCUUGCUAUGCCGCUCAAGGAGACAUUCGACACUCUUUUUGAACGUACAUUUUCAGUGAAAAAGAAUCAAAAGUUCUUGGAGAUGGUGCGCAAAACGUUUGUCCACCAAAAAUGGAAGAAUUUCGCAGCACUCUUACAACAAUCAGUCAAGAUGGCAGAACAGAAAUUCGGCAACGAGCAAAGUGGAAAGCCCUCUUCGCCACAACUUCGAAGCGCAUGGAAAACGUUUCAAAAGCGCUUAGAGGAAUUCGACAUUCAACAAGUACAAGCACAAAACAAGUUUGUGUUUAGCUUUAUGGAAGGUGCUUUGGUGAAAGCCGUUCGACGUGGUGAUUGGAUUUUGCUGGAUGAAAUCAAUUUGGCGACCACCGAGACCUUAGAAUGCUUGUCUGGAUUAUUGCAGGAUGCACAAGGAUCAUUAUUGUUGACUGAAAAGGGCGAUGUGGAACCUAUCAAGCGACAUCCCAAUUUCAGAUUAUUCGCUUGUAUGAAUCCAGCAACGGAUGUGGGCAAACGCGAUCUUCCACCUGGUUUACGUAAUCGAUUCACCGAGUUUUACGUUCACCCACCCGAUUCAAGAUACGAGGACUUGUUACAAAUUGUACGUCGCUACCUCUCGAGUGUUUGCACUGGUGAUGAGCGUGCAUGUGAUGAUGUGGCAGAGUUUUAUUUGGAGGCCAAGAAGCUUUCGCAAGAGCACAAGCUUGUGGAUGGAUCGAAUCAGCGACCCCAUUUCAGUAUGCGUACGCUUUCUCGUGCGUUGACCUACGUUGUGCAGAUUCAUCCUACUUAUGGAUUACGUCGUUCGCUGUAUGAAGGCUUUUGCAUGACAUUCAUGACCCAACUCAGCAAAGAGAGUGAAGCGGUGAUGCGUCAAUUGAUCCACAAGACCAUUUUACGCGGUGUCAAGAACCCAACCCAUCUCAUUUCUCAAAUCCCUCGUCAACCCAGCGAUGAUUUUAUCCAAUUCGGUUACUUUUGGUUACAACAAGGCCAAUUCGAGCCUCAAGAUGAUGGUCAUUACAUUUUGACGCCUUCGGUGGAAACCAAUCUCUACAAUUUGGCACGUGUGAUCAUGUCGCGCAAGUUCCCAGUGCUUAUUCAAGGUCCCACAUCGGCAGGCAAGACAAGUAUGAUUGAAUUCUUGGCCAAAAAGACCGGUCAUCGUUUUGUGCGUAUCAACAACCACGAGCAUACGGAUCUUCAAGAGUACUUGGGUACCUAUGUAUCAGACAAUGAUGGCAAGUUGGUGUUCCAAGAAGGUGUCUUGGUGGAAGCAUUGCGUAAUGGCUAUUGGAUCGUAUUGGAUGAACUCAACUUGGCCCCUUCGGAUGUAUUGGAAGCACUGAAUCGUUUAUUGGAUGACAAUCGUGAAUUGCUUAUCCCUGAAACUCAAGAAGUCGUCAAGCCCCAUCCCCAUUUCAUGCUCUUUGCUACUCAAAAUCCAGCUGGAUUGUAUGGUGGUCGUAAGGCCUUAUCACGUGCUUUCCGUAAUCGUUUCUUGGAAUUGCAUUUUGAUGACAUUCCUCAAGAUGAGCUUGAAACCAUUCUUUCAAAGCGUUGUCAAAUUGCACCCUCCUACUGCAAAAAGCUUGUCCAAGUGUACCGAUCCUUGAUGGAACAUCGCAAGAGCUCACGUCUCUUUGAGCAAAAGCAUAGCUUCAUCACCUUGCGUGAUCUUUUCCGUUGGGCAGGUCGUGAUCCAAAUGGCUAUCAGGAAUUGGCUGAGCAUGGUUAUAUGUUGCUUGCUGAACGUUGUCGUAAGGAUGAAGAGAAAAAGGUCGUCAAGCAGGUUCUUGAAGAUGUCAUGCGUGUCAAAUUGAGCGAGGAGCAAAUGUACGACUGCGAACGAUUGGAAGAGUUUGCCAUCUAUGAUCGUAUUUUGCGUGAAAAGGCUGGUGGUGAUGAUAUCAACUUGGUCUGGACAAAGGCCAUGCGACGAUUAUUCAGCCUUGUUGCACGAUGCUUACGUUAUAAGGAGCCUGUUCUACUUGUGGGUGAAACGGGUUGUGGCAAGACCACGGUGUGCCAAAUGCUAGCAGAGACAUUCAACCGGGAACUUCACAUUGUCAAUUGCCAUCAAAACACAGAGACCGGUGACUUGUUGGGUGGUCAACGCCCUGUACGUAACCGAGAUGCCAAUUCGGAACAGCUCUUUGAGUGGCACGAUGGUCCACUGGUUCAAGCUAUGCGUGGUGGUCACCUCUUUUUGUUGGAUGAAAUUUCUUUGGCAGAUGAUUCAGUGCUUGAACGUCUCAAUUCAGUGCUUGAGCCAAGUCGUUUAUUGGUGCUUGCUGAAAAGGGUGGCAAACAUGUGGAGGAACUCUAUGGCCAAGAAGGAUUCCAAUUCCUUGCUACGAUGAAUCCUGGUGGUGAUUAUGGCAAAAAGGAACUAUCACCUGCAUUGCGAAAUCGUUUCACAGAAAUUUGGGUGCCUUCUGUUACCGAUCGAGAAGACUUGACGAUGAUUAUUGAUGGCCAGCUGACGGAUCAUCCCGAUCUCAAGGGUUACGGUGCUCGCAUGCUUGAUUUUAUUCAUUGGUUCACACAAGCACUUGGUCAAACACGUACGGUGGUGAGCUUACGUGAUAUUCUCUCUUGGGUACGCUUCAUCAAUGCAAGUGUUGAUAGCGGCUUGAAUCCUGAUCUUGCGUUUGUUCAUGGUGGAUGUCUUGUUUUGCUCGAUGGUCUUGGUUCUCAUGGUGCGUCGGGUUCUUUCCUAAGUGGCAACACCCUGAAUGAUUUCCGCCUAAAGUGUCUUAAGCAACUCAGCAAUCGACAUGAUGCAACAAGCGAAGUUGAAAUCCUUGGUGAUGCAAAGACCAAUGUUGAACUUUCGGGUGAUCAAUUUGGUAUCGGCUCUUUCCGUAUCGAACGUGGUCCCAUGGAUAAGGCGAAUAUCAAGUUUACUUUGUUGGCACCUACCACAGCCGACAAUGCCAUGCGUGUGGUGCGUGCUAUGCAGUUGAAAAAGCCCAUUCUUCUUGAAGGUAGUCCUGGUGUCGGCAAAACGAGUUUGGUAUCGGCAUUGGCAGCUGCUUCAGGCCACCGUCUUGUGCGUAUCAACUUGUCAGAGCAAACGGAUUUGAUGGAUCUCUUUGGUUCUGAUUUGCCAGUGGAAGGAGGUGACAGUGGCGAAUUUGCUUGGCGUGAUGCCCCCUUUUUGCAAGCGAUGAAGGCUGGCGAUUGGGUAUUAUUGGAUGAAUUGAAUUUGGCGUCGCAGUCUGUAUUGGAAGGUCUCAAUUCUUGUUUGGAUCAUCGUGGUGCUGUCUAUAUCCCUGAGCUUGAUCGUGAGUUCUUUUGUGCUAAGGGCUUCCGCGUAUUUGGUGCACAAAAUCCAUUGCAGCAAGGUGGCGGUCGUAAGGGUCUACCAAAAUCGUUUGUCAACCGCUUUACGCAAGUGUAUGUUGAGCAUCUUAGCGCUGAUGACUUGCUCUUCAUUUGUGGUCACUUGUUCCCUCAAUUUGAAGCUCUCACACUCAAGCAAAUGAUUGAAUUCAAUACCCAAAUGUAUCGUGAAACCAUGGUGCUUUGCCGAUUUGGACGCAAGGGUAGUCCCUGGGAAUUCAAUUUGCGUGAUGUUUUCCGCUGGCUCGAAUUGAUGCAAAAGGAUAAUGCCACUGAUCCAGCAGAGUACCUUGGCACCAUCUACCUGCAACGUAUGCGUACUCAAGAAGAUCGUGACAAGGUGAUUGAGCUCUAUGAGCAGGUUUUCAACACCCAAUACAACCGACCCAAGUUCCCUCCUUAUGAAAUUUCAACACAAGCAUUACGUGUGGGUCAUUCCCAUCUACCACGCCUUGCUCAAAAAUCCAAGAAUGAUACGAUGGAUGGUGAAUCUCAUAUGUUGCACUCUUUCUUGGGACCCAUGGAAGCUUUGAUGAAAUGUGUGGAAUCAAGUUGGAUGGCUAUUGUUACCGGCCCCUCAGCCUCUGGCAAGACCUCGAUGGUGCGUCUCCUCGGCAAGUUGACUGGCAACAAGCUUGAAGAAUUUGCCAUGAACAAUAGCGUUGAUACCAUGGAGUUAUUGGGUGGAUUUGAGCAAGUGGAUUUGAAUCGACAUCGCCAUGUCGUGAUGGAAACAUUGGAUAUUCUCACCAAUCGUAUCACGUGUGCUCUGCUUAUGUAUCAUGUCAACGUUUCGGAUGAACAACGUGCUGCUGCUUUGCAAUCCAUUUGCCAAAUCAAUGAUGCAUGGUUCACGCUCAAGACCAAACAUGCGUUACAUCAAGAUAGUAAGGAUGGUCUCGAUUACACAUUACUCUCUUGUUUGGUGGAGAAUCUCAACAAUGCAGCCAAGGUGGUGGAUCAUGAUGCAUUAUCCUUGAUUGCAUCAGCUGUGGAGGCUGCAAAGACAUUACAGCAAUUGGAGAAGGCUUCAGUGGCGGGCAAAUUUGAAUGGAUUGAUGGUCUUUUAAUCAAUGCAUUGGAGCAAGGUCAUUGGCUUUUGAUCGAUAAUGCCAAUCUUUGCAACCCAUCCGUCCUUGAUCGUCUCAAUCCCUUGUUUGAAAAUGAUGGUGUGCUUAUGGUGAACGAACGAGGUUUGGUGGAUGGCCAUGUCAAGGUGAUCAAGCCGCAUCCCAAUUUCCGUAUGUUUAUGACGGUGGAUCCCAGCAAUGGUGAAUUGUCUCGUGCUAUGCGUAACCGUGGUAUUGAAAUUGCCUUGGUGGAUGCCAACUGGAAUGCCAAUAUUCAAGAUGUUGUCAAACUUACCAAUGGCAUUGGUAUUCGUGGUGCACGCCUCCCCAUUCUUCUCAAUGAUCUGCAACAAGAAGCCAAGAGCGUAACGCGACGCCGCAAUCAAUCGGUGAGAGAAUAUCUCAUGCUUGCCACUUAUAUUGUUGAGCGCUUGCAACGUGGUCAAUCCUUGAAGAGUGCUGUACGCGAAUCAUUCCAUCAAGUGUUUGUUGAUAUUACUGAGAUCCCAGAGACGUUGAAGGGCUUAUUCGAUGCCAUCCAAGAGGAAGACAUCUUGCGAGAAAUGUUGUCACCUUCCAAUUGCCCAUACUUUGUUGGUGGUUCUUUCUUUGAACAUGAUUCAGCAUUGGCCACAGUAGCAUUGCAAGGAGCUUAUGCAACCUAUUUACUUCAGCAGCAAGCCCAACACCCCGAUGUUAUCCCAUCUACUCAAAGCUUGGACGUUGCUUGGGAUUACUUUAUUGAAUCAGCCUCAGCAAGCGAUAUCGAUUUGAGAUUGCGUUGGCUGACGUUUAUGGCCGAACAUGCAUCCAUUGCCGAUCCUGCAAUGUUGGAGCGUACAGCCUAUAUCCUUCGCGCAACACGCAAUCAUCCUGCAUUCCAAGACCGUAUCCUUCCAACCGAGCAUGCCACCUUGAUCAAGAUUCGCCAACUGUUGGCUCGACUCUAUAAGCUCGAACAUCAAGAUGCUGCCUUGGCCAAAUCCACUAUGCGCCUCAAGGUGGGAAGCAUGACGGCGUUGCAACAAUCUUACUGCUUCGUUGACAAUCGUUUGAGCGAGGCACAGCUUUUGCAUCCUAUUGUCAAGUUGAUCUUGCCCAUUUUCAUGGCUAUUCGCAAGGCGUUUGCUGAAUGGAUGAAUUCAAAGUCUUAUGAAAAUGCUGAUGAAAAGACCAUUGAUGUCCUUGUCAAGAUCCUUGAUGCAAGAGACCAUGCUUGGGAUAUCGCUCAUUCUCAUCGACUCAGUUUGGACAAUUAUCUCAACAUUUUGCGUGUUAUCCAAGAGCUUAUCCAGAAUAAUGAGUUUUCUCAUUUUGCUGCCGUAUCGACGCUCGUUGAUGAAGCCAUGGCUGGAUUUGAUUUUGAGACCUCACGUUCCAUGAAGGCUCUAUGGAAACACUUCUGCCCUGCUACCCUUGCCACUGAAAAGUUGUACAACGUGGAGCAAGCAUUGACCACCAUCAACGAUACUUUGAAUCCUUACAAGCCCGGUGAAGAUGACGAGUCCAAAUCAAUGGAUAUGGUGCUACAAACAAAGUCAGCAACCAAGGAAACCAUCAUCGAAGGUGUAGCAACGCUAUAUGCUGUCGACAACAACGAUGACAAGGAUGCCUCCAAGUUGGCCAAGUCCAUGGUGCAUUUGCCUGAGCUCGUGAAACGCCAAGUGGAUAGUGAUCAAGAAGCGGUUUCGGUCGUCAAUCGUACAGCCUGGGAUACAGCCUUGGUGCCUAUCUUUGAUCAUGCAAGUGCUCUUUCCGAAAUGGAUCUUGUUACUGCAUUCUACCUUUUGUCCUCAUACACUUCUAACGAGGAAACGAGAACACAAUUAUUGGAAAAGAUUGGUGCAUUCAGACGAUUUGUUCUUGAUAAGAGCACACGCCCACCUCUUGAUUUGGUUCCUUAUCAACGUAUUCUUUGGAUGUUGGAUUCCGAAUUCAACGAGAAAUCUCGUACGACGCUUCCUGGUAUGACGCAUGAUGCAACCCAUGUUUGGCAUCAACGACUUUGGCGCUCCAGCAUUUUCUUUAACGCUUUGUAUCAGCUCGAACCAUCCUUCACUCCAGUGAAACUUUCAUAUGAUGGAGGACCCGCUAUCUUGUAUCAAGCUGUUCAAACAUUGACAUGUCUCAAUAUUUUGUCAUUCGUCGAGAAGAUGUCGGCUCUUGCUUAUCGAAGUGCCCUGGGUCAACUCAAGUCCCUCAAGCAAUUCUUGGCUACCAAUAUCAUGUAUCAAGAUAAGAAGGCUUUAGAGCUUGUCAUGAUCAUCUCGAUUGCUUAUCAGUUACUGGUUGCAUCCUCUGAAGUGUUGAAGGAGGACAUUUACGACUUAUUGACCAAGCAAUUUGAACGUCUCUUGAUUUUUGCUCAUGCAUUGGCGCAAAGAAACAUGUAUUCGAAGGAUGAUCAAGGUGUCUACGACGACGUCAUGACGACGAUGAAGGAUAUCUCGCAAUCCGGUGAAUCAGCAGGCUUCAACCAAUAUUAUGUUCGAGCCAUCUCAUCUCUUGAGGAUGCUAUUGAGCAAUAUCGCCGAAAGGAUGUUGACACCUUUUUCAUGGCAGCUGGCAAAUCACGUGCAUUGCUUGGCCUUGCAUUUAUUGCAGCCUACAUUCCCGAUUACCCUGUCGAUCCUACGGCUGAACCACGUCUACGAGUCAAUCUCCUUGCUCAAAAGCAACAGCUCCUUGAAGUCAGCAUCGAGGCUCGUCAAAAGAUUGAGGACAUUACGACUGGCAAUGAUACGAAUGCAAUUAUCGACGAGGAACAAGCACAGCUCAAAGAGAUCAAUGGUGCCCUUGCAGCAUCCGCUACUGUUUUCUCGUUGCGACCUGAGAAAUCUCAACUUGAGGAUAUCUUUGUGGACUUUGCCUAUUUGCAAAAGCAUCUUGUUGCCGACAACGCUGAUUCCUUGUUGGAGACAUUGAUGGACAGCCAAGCUAACGAUACAGCUUUGCAACGUGAAAGUCUUAUCCAAGGCAACGCUCUUCAAUUUAUCGAUCGUAUCCACGCAAAGUAUCCCAUGUACCGAGACAUUACACAACCUCUUGUUGUCGCUGUUGAUGAUGUCAAGUAUGGUCUACGCAUGGUGUCGAUGCGAUGCAAGAAGAAUUUGGCAGAUGAAUUCUUGAGCGAUGUCGUGCAGCUUUUCAUUCGCAGCCCUGAUGCAGCACGUCGUCUUGAUUUGGAUUGGGUUACGCUUGCACAACCUGCUCAACUUGCCAAGCUCAAGGCAGUCGUUUUUGAACGUGCUGAAACAAGUCGUAAAUGGGCCCUCUAUCUUGGUAUCUUGAUUGUGGUUCUUCAACGCUUGGUGAUGAGUAUCGAUUCGCAUGGCCGUAUCUCUCUUGAGGAUCUUGCUUGUUUGAAUGGUCUCUUUGAAGAAAUUGUCAGCAUUUGGAAAUCGGCUCAAGAAUACAAACGUCAAAAGGAGGCUGAGAAGGAGCAAAUGUACAAGACACGUACCAAGAAAUAUGAGCCUACCACUGAAGAGGAACAAGAUGAAAUGGACAUGAAAAAGACCUUUGCUGAUUUCAACGAGAUGUUUGCGGACUUGCAAGAACAAGCUGAUGAUGAUGUGCCAUCCUCAACCUCUGCACAUUUGCCAAAUCAAGUUGAAGAAGAGUCCGUCCUCGAUAAUAGCGAUGUGUGGUACAUUGGCAAGCUUCAUCGUAUCAUCUUUGAUACAUAUCAGAUUGAUCGUCUUGAGCGAACCAACCAAUCUUGGGAUCGUGAAGUGUCGCGUUCGUAUCGUACAGCUAGCCAGCUCUCCUCCAUGGUGUCAUAUGCCUUUGAUAGCCAAGUCGAUGCUGCAUGUGGUGCUGGUCAUUUGCGUGCUACUGCAUGGGCUAUUCAACGUCUUGAAGCCGAGAGCUCAUUCAGCAAGACCAGUGACGAUUUGUACGACUUUUACACAUGUGAAAAUGUGAAGGAGGCCAAGCGUGUCGAGCCCAUCGUUACUCGUUUCAAGGAACGUAUCAAGGAAAUCCAACAAGAAUGGCCCGAGCAUGUUGUGCUGCAGCAUUUGAUUGAUAUUUGUGAUCGCUUACUCAGCUUUUCAAUCCUAUCACCUGUGUCCAAGUUCUUGACAGGCAUUGAGUUGCUAUUGCAAAAGUCCGAGGAUUGGGAAGCUUAUGCCGCUAAGCAUGUAUCGCUACGUGUCCAACGAGAAGAAUUGACAGCACUCAUUGUCAGCUGGCGUCAACUCGAGCUCAAUUGCUGGCCCAAGUUACUUGCAGCUCAAGAGCAAUACAGCCAAAACUCUGCAUUCGAAUGGUGGUUCCAUUUAUAUGACACUGUUCAUAAUACCAGCUUUGAUGCCGUUGACGACAAGGAACAAAAGAUACGUGAUUUGCUCAUGACGCUCGACCAGUUCUUCCAAUCGUGCUCCAUCAUCGAAUUUGAACCCCGUCUCAAGAUGCUUGACAGCUUUUAUCGACAAGCUCAGAUGCAAGCUGAGCUUACGGGUGAUCAAGACCAGUGGACCAUGGCUACCAUCCUACGCAAUGUAUCCUUGUAUUAUAGCCAAUUUACAAGCUAUGUCAACACUACAUUGGCUCAAUUGCGCAAGCCUAUCGAGAAAGAGCUCAAGGACUUUGUCAAGAUUGCCAGCUGGAAGGAUGUCAACAUUUAUGCUCUCAAGCAAAGUGCACAAAAGACACAUUUACAGUUGCACAAGUGCAUUCGCAAGUAUCGUGAAGUGUUGGGCACAUCCAUGUUGACCGUGAUUGCCAACUACAACCAAGAGCAUGCCAUGUUCCAAUAUGGUGACGACAAGCGUUAUAAUGACACCAACACUGGCUUUGUUGAGCAACUUGGUCGAGCUGAAUUUUGGACACGCAAGGAUACCAAGGUGCCACAAGUGGAAUUUAGCUGGCAACCAGACACCUCUGCUACUGCUGCUGUUGUUGUCAAACGUCAUUUGGUGGACUUGCAAGGCACAUUGAACAAGAUGCGUCGUUAUUGCCGUGAGGAUCUUGUCAGCACUGAAAAUACGGAAGGCGAUGUUCCAUUGGAAUCGUUUAUGAGUGAAGUUAUUCAACAAAUCAAGACAUUCCAAAAGGAAACACCACUCACCAUGACGGACGAGAACAAGUCAUUUGUCAAGAACCAAAAGCUCUUAAAGAAGAAGGCAUUGGUGGACUUUUUGAAGGAGUUGAGACGUCUUGGUUUGAAGGCACGUCCUGGAUCCAUGGCCGAUCGAAAUGGCAACACGGCGUAUCUUUUCAAUCAACAUGUUGCUGGCAUGGAUACCAUCAAGAGCACUGAAAGCGGCUUUGUAUCCGAAAUCGUGGAGCUUUGGACAAAGGCCAAUGAUUACUAUUACAAGAGUUUGGCUCGUUUGACGCAUCUACGCACACUCAGCACCACCCAAGUCAGCAAGGACCUAUCGAUGCUUGAAGUAGAGCGUGCCAUGAGUGCUACAGAGCACAUGUUUAUGAUGGUCACCAAGGAACGUGGUGUGGCUUCUCGAUUUGAGCAACGUCUCCAAAUGCUCCAAGGUGCUGUUGUCCAAUUGGCCGUUUUCACGCGUGGUACACCUAGCACGGACCCUGUGGAUACCGCUUUGGGUGCACGUUUGAUCAGCCAUAAGAUGUUUGUUGAUGAUCUUGUGCAAAUGGUGGGUGAAGGCAUCAAGACCCUUUCGAUCCAAAGUGAAUUUGUUGGUCAGCACACGCAGCAAGCUAUGAUGCUUAUGCAAGAUACGGCACGUCAAUUGCGAGAGAUUCAACGACACGUGGACACUUGUUUUGUGGAACGAUACCUUGUGGCACACAAUGCAAAGGCACUUUUGACAGCUGACAUUGGUGACAUGAUGGAUACACAAAUCAACACAAUCACCACCACCUUGCGCACGGAGCUUCGUCACGUGAUGGAUCAAGUACCUGAAAUGACCCAUGUCAUUCAUGCCAUUUUACAUGCCAUUGAUGAUCACCAGCCUUUGCUUGCCGAUGUCGACGGCGAUAUCCAGAUUGACGCACAUCCAGCUGAUUUGCGUAACAAGAUUCAUUCGUUGAUUGAUGCCAUUCUCGUCUCUGUACAAGACCUUGUCAAGAGCAAGCAAAAGCCCAAGAUGCAAAUUGAUCAAGACAAUGACCAUGACCAUGAUAGCACUGACAUGGCUGACAAUUACAUUGUGGAUGAGCAUGCAAACCAAUUCACUGAUGUUCAAGCCCUUCAUCUCGAAACGGUGGCACGACGUUGUAUGGAUGUAUUUGAAAUGGCACAUCAACUAUUGUCCACCGACCAUUCUGUCGAUGCUAUCAAGUUAUUGCAACAAGCUUAUCCAUUCUUGCAGCAAUAUGCGCUUUUGGUUGACCAUACAUUGGGCAGCUUUUUGGUGCAUCACAAGGCUAUGGCGAAGAUGACCUAUGCCCUCGUCAACUCGUUUACGGUGAUUAUCAGCAAAGGUUUUUGUAUGCCUCAAGGAGCUGAUGAAGAAGGUGAAGAAGGCGAUGCUGAUGGCAUGACGAUGGGUACGGGUAUUGGUGAAGGCGAAGGCACCAAAGAUGUCAGUGAAGAGAUUGAAGAUGAGGAGCAAGUCCUUGGUACCCAAAAUGAAGAACAGCAACAACAGCAAGAAAAGGGUGAUACCAAGGAAGAAAAGAAGGGUAUUGAUAUGGAAAAUGAUUUCGAAGGCGAGCUCGAAGACAUUGAACAAGACGAGGAGCAACAAGAAGAGAAUGAAGAUGACGAGGAUGAAGAAGAGGAGGAUAUUGAUGAUCAGAUUGGCGAUGUUGAUGACAUGGAUCCUGAUGCAGUUGAUGACAAGAUGUGGGGUGAUGAUGAAGCCCAAGAUGAACGCAAGGAUAGCGAUAAGACUGUGGAUCAACAAGGAAAAUCGGAUCAGCAAGAAUCGGAUGUGGUUGCCAAAGAAGAUGAAGAACAAGAGGAUGAUUCAUCCAAGCCUCAACCUGAUCGUGAAGGCGAAGAACCCGAUCAAAAGGAAUCCGAUAAGCAAGACAAUGUCGACGAAGAGGAGCAGGGUGAUGAAGGUGACAAGGACCAAGGUGAAGGUGAAAAUGAAGAUGACGAAGGUGCCGAUGAAAACAAGGCUGGAGAGCAAAUGAAUGUCGAUGUUCCUGAAGCUGAGACUUUGGAGUUGCCUGAGGAUCUGGAUAUGGAAGGUGAUCAGAAUGAGGGUGAGGAGCAACUCCAGGAUCCCAUGGAUAUGGAUCAAGAUGAAAGUAUGCAAGAUCAAGGUGGCGAAGAAGAUGUUGGCGAGAAUGAAGAGGAGGAGCAGGAGCAAUUCAAGGAUGCUCUUGAUCAACUUGGUGAAGCUGACAAGGAAGAGCAAGAACAAGAUGAUGAAAUGGCUGAUACCACAGCGCAUGUGAAUAAUGAGGAGCAACAAGAAGAUGAGGAGAAGGAAAAAGAAGAAGAAGAAGAUGACGAGGAGAAGCACGACCAAACCGGUGAUGGUGAGAAGGGUGGUAAUAUUGAAGAAGAUGAAGAACAACCCGAAGAGCAAGGUGGUGCACAAAAUCGUGAGCAGCCUACUGCUGAGGAGGAAUCUGCCGACAACCAAUUUGGCAUUCAAGGCCAAACCGGACGCAUGAGUACGACAACUGGUGGUGGACAACAAGGCGAGAAUGAUGAAUCUGAAGCUGCUGAUCUUGACAAGGAGCAGCCUGAAAGUAAGGAGAAUCAAGGCAUGGCUGAACAAGGUGCGAACAAGGCGGAUGAAGAUGCCAAGCGUGAAGAAGAGGCUGAAACCAAUGAGUCCAAGACCAAUCCUCAACGUAGCCUUGGUGAUGCAUUGGAAGAUUGGCGUCGUCGUCUUGCAGAUAUUGCUGAUGCUGAAGAAGAAGAGGAGGAGGAUGAGCAAGCAGCCCCUCAAGAUAGCACGGAGGCUAAAGUCAAUGAGGAUCAAGCAUUUGAGUAUGUCAAGCAUGAUGAAGAAGCUCACGAUAUGCAAACCAUGGGUAAUGCAUUGCCGGAUCAAUUGCAAGAUAUCCAAAUGGGAGCUAUGGAUGAGACAACGGAGGAUGAGAAUCAACACGCUGGUGAAAUGGAUGUGGAUGAGGAUGAUGAGAAGAAGGAGGAGCAAUCCAACAUUGACACGAUGCCAUUACCAGAAGAACGAAUGGAUAUUGAUGGUGAACGUGAGAAUCGUGGUGGAGCUGUUGUGACCAAGCGUCUUGGUGAAAUGGAAGCCAUUGAUGAAAGCCAUUCUUUGACUGUGGAUGAAUCAUUGGUUGCUCAUGAACCACUUGAUCCUGAACAAAUUGAGCAGAUGCGACAAGAGCUUGAAACCACCGUAUCGGAAUGGCGAGAAGAAGGACGAGAUAGUCAUCAAGCACGCGAGCUAUGGCAACGAUACGAGACCUUGACACAUGAUUUGGCUAUGGGACUUUGUGAGCAAUUGCGUUUGAUUUUGGAGCCUACAUUGGCGACAAAGCUCAAGGGUGACUACCGUACCGGCAAACGUCUCAACAUGAAAAAGAUCAUUCCUUAUAUUGCCAGUCAAUUCAAGAAGGAUAAGAUUUGGCUUCGACGUACCAAGCCUAGCAAGCGUCAAUAUCAAGUGAUGAUUUCGGUGGACGAUUCCAAGUCUAUGUCUGAAUCGCAUUCUGUACAGCUUGCUUAUGAGACGCUAUCAUUGAUUUCCAAGGCUCUCUCUCAGCUUGAAGUGGGUGACAUCUCAAUCACAUCCUUUGGUGAACGUGUACGCUUGUUGCAUCCAUUUGAUCAACCCUUCACUUCCGAAUCGGGUGCAUCCGUUCUACAACAAUUUACAUUUGCUCAACAAAAGACCCAAGUCAAGGAGCUCAUUGAAUCCUCUCUCUCGUUAUUUGAAGCUGCAAAGUCAUCAAGCAAUCAAGAGUUAUGGCAAUUACAACUUAUCAUUUCUGAUGGUAUUUGCGAAGAUCACGAUACUCUGAUGCGCCUGGUUCGCCGUGCUAUGGAUGAACAAGUGAUGUUGAUCUUUAUUGUGGUGGACAACAAGCCUGAAAAGGACUCUAUCCUCAAGAUGACCAAUGUCAAAUAUGCAACUGUGAAUGGCAAGCUCACUCUUCAAAUGCGUCCUUAUCUUGAAACCUUCCCCUUCCAGUACUUUAUGGUAUUGCGUGAUAUUAAUGCUCUGCCCGAGGCUUUAUCAGAUGCCCUUCGACAAUAUUUCAGUUUUGUUUCUGCAUAA